AUGCAUUCGGCAGGCGCAGGACUAGAGCAAGAUGUCAACGGCCUUACUCUCCUGUGCAAAGCUCAAAGUGGCGUCCGCUACCAGACCAUGCCACGGCGAAAGACAGACAGCAAGUGGGAGCGCAAUCAAACCCCCUUCUUCAUCAAGAAUACCGCAGGUGGAGACACCGAAGUACCCUGGUACUCACUCAGAGUCUUCUGGUCCGUCGCCUUACUCAACAAUGGCCAUGAGACUAGGGAGGCCUUCCGGAGCUACAUCAGUAACCUGCAAGCGACAAACCACUGGAGGGACGUUCACCCUGAAUGGGCGCUGGCGCAAUGGCAAGCGAUUGUUGACAAGGUCGACGAAAUGCAACGAGUCGGGUUUGAAGGUUCCCAGCUCCGCAUUGCCAUUCGUGGGCCCUCGGGCGACCGCCAGAAGCUGGUCAAGUAUGUGAUCCGAGAGUGGGUUGCGGGAGAUAUCCGUGGAGCUGGUGCUGGUGUCAGGUCAGGUCCUUAUAUCUUGUUCCCAGCCCCGAUUUCGGUGCAGAACGAGCGUGGCCGCCGCCCCAAUGUGUCGGACUGUUCUGGACAGGUUGACAUCCGACCGAACCCUCUGGUCGGCAACAAGGCUUAUACUGAUGGGAAACAGCAAGAAGAGUACCUUCGAACCUUAGGUGACAAUGUCAUCGAUAGCAGAGCAUUUUUCUCUUAUUCAUCUGGAGAAGACGAUCUACCACGGCAGCACUACUCAGCUCCGCCAGAAUAUAUCAAUGAGACCCGCGCGUCCGGGUCGGUGCCACCAGUGUUUGCCUCUUCCCAAGAGGGAGACAACGAGCCACCGGAAGCACUUCAAGAGGCAAUGAGAGUCACUGAAAGUCCUGGGAAAUGCGCCACUCCACCACAUCGGCCUCGCACCCGAUCAAUGGCAACCCGACCACCUAGCAAAGUAGCAGCGGCUGAUCCACCAAGGACGAAGCAGGCACGACUCGACGUACGCUUCCGACCAGUCAUGACAACCCAACCAAGUCCACCUACUACCACGCCACGAGCUUACACCUUGAACCAUACCGAGUCCAUCCCACACCCAUCGCCCUCACAACCCCAGAGAAGCAGCGCCACUCUCUGGACACCGCCAGCCACGGAAGGUGGAGCGUAG